GCGGCGCGCCUGCGCAGAAGAUCGAGGACGCGGCAGAGAAGAGUUAUUUCCGAGUCAGUAUUAUUUCUAAAGUACUUGACUCGGUUGUGUCUGGUUGCUGGAGCUGAGAGCGGAUGAUGGUGGAGAACUCUCCAUCUCCUCUGCCAGAGAGAGCCAUCUACGGCUUCGUGCUGUUUCUGGGCUCGCAGCUCGUCUUCUGUCUGUAUGUGGUCUGGGCUGUGGUUCCUGACGCUUGGCUUCACUCGGCCGGACUGACGUACUGGCCUCAGAAAUACUGGGCUCUGGCGGCACCCAUCUACCUGCUGGUCACUUUAAGCACCUGUCUAGUGCUGCUGUUCGGGGUGAAUCUGAUGAACACGGCUCCGCUCGCAUCCGUGCACAACAUCACAGAUCACUACGCCAAGAGUCAGCGUGCGGACGAGGAUCAGGACGGAGCCAUUCCCAGACUCCGAGAUGUUCCCAUCAGUGAAGUAAACCGUGUCUUCUUCCUGGAUCCUGGUGCGCAGUGAUGUGUUUGCUCAGGGUUUAGACGAUCAGAUCCAUCAUCCUGGUGACAGGCCUGAGAUCUGACCGUCAGGUGACCCUUGACCCUCGGACAGACCUGUGCUGUGUCUCCAGAGCAUCGCACACACACUGAAGCUAUGAUCUACUUAGGCUUACCAAGCACUUCAGUAGAGCUUCAGGUCUUCCUCAAACUCCUGAUGUGUGGUGUGGUCAGACCGUGACCUCUGCGACCUCAGGCUGAGGUGAAACAGACCUGUGUUCCUGCAGACACUGACCCUCGUGAGCAAACAGUCAGGUGACCAGCCGUCAUUUGACCUAUGGCCCCAUGACCCCAUGACCCUGUGACCCCACCACACGGAGGAAAACUGCUGCUUUUCUUAUGUUUGUUUAAUGUAUUAGAAUACAAUGACUUUCAUUAUACUGCAAAACAAUUACAUGAUAAAGAAGUCAUGGCAACAUAUAUUUUUAUCAAAAAAGUUGUUUUUGAACUCAGUUUAAUAUGAUUUAAGUUGUACAGCCAGUUUGAUUCAACUUAAACAUUUCUGGCAGCAGCUGACUUCUAGAAUUGUCUAUGCGUUAUUCAAACACUGUUGUUACCAAUCAUCCAGCCAGUUUUAAACUUUACUGUUAUUAUUAUUAAUAUUAAAUGGAGGAUGCAAACCCAUGUUGAGCAAUUCUGUUUUUAUUUGUGUUUAGAUUUUAACAGAAAUUCAAAUAACAUAGAAAUGAAACUCUUAAAGGGACAGUUCAUCAUUAUUCACUCACAUUCAAGUUGUUCUAAACUUGCAUGGGUUUCUUAUACAUAAAAAGAUAUUUUGAAGAACAUCGUAUUUCCCUCAAUGUGGACCAUCAUCUGUUUAGCUUCAGACCUUCUUCAGAAUAUCUUGUAUGUUCAGCAGAAGAAACUCCUACAUGUUUGGAACAUCAACCUAUCAGUUUUCGGUGAGCUGUCCCUUUAAGGCCGCCCCCAGCAGAGGAUCUUCCUGGGAUCAGACGUGUGUUUGGUGUUUGAUGCUGCAGUGUUUCUGCUCGUCUCGUUCCC